AUGGGCGUCUCCAUUAUUGACACGCAGCGCGAGAUCAUUCUCGACACGAUCCGCAACACAGCCAAGGGAGAAUGGAAGGUGAUGGUCGUGGACGAGGCGAGCCGCAAGCUCAUAGACAAUGUUGUCAACGAGGAUGACAUUCUGAACGAGAACAUUACCAACAUCGAGUUGAUCACGGACCGCCGACCUAUGAACAAGGAUAUGGAUGUCGUGUACAUACUCUCUCCCCAGCCGCACAUUGUCGACUGCAUCAUGGCCGACUUCGAGCGCCACCGCUACCGCAAGACGUUCUUGAUUUGGACUUCCCUGCUCCCCGGCCCGCUUCGAGAACGCAUAGACAAGUCGCAAAUGGCGCGCGAUCAGAUCGUCCUGUUCAGGGUCCUUAAUAUCGAAUAUUUCCCCCGCGAGUCGCACCUUAUCACGUUCCGUGAUCCAUGGAGCUUCCCUAUCCUGUUCCACCCCGCUUGCAACAAUCUAGUCAGACGCCACUUGGAGGAAAUGGCUAAGAAGAUUGUUUCUUUGUGUGUGUCGCUUGGAGAAUACCCCACGAUCCGCUACUACAAGCCGAAGAAUCCCCUUCACGAGGCAAGCGUGCUGUGCUCGCACCUGGCACGAUUUGUCCAGGAAGAGAUAGACAUGUACAAGAAGUUCCACCAGAACUGGCCUCCGCCCUCGAAUCGUCCCCGCGGCGUCUUGUACAUCGUGGAUCGUUCAAUGGACCUUCACUCGCCUCUGCUUCACGAAUUCACGUAUCAGGCCAUGGCUCACGACCUCCUACCAAUCAAAGAUGGCGACAAGGUCACGUACAAGACAGUUCUCAACGAGGGUGAGGCCGACGAGGAAGAGAAGGAGAUGGAAAUAGGAGAAAAGGACCAAAUAUGGGUCGAAAAUCGCCACAGGCACAUGAAAGACACGAUCGAGAAAUUGAUGAACGACUUCCGGAGGUUCUUGGCCGACAAUCCGCAUUUCACAAACCCUGACGAUGGUGAUACUACCAACCUGAACACCAUCAAAGACAUGCUUGCUGGUUUGCCGCAAUUCCAGGAGAUGAAAGGCGCCUACUCGUUGCACUUGAGCAUGGCACAGGAGUGCAUGAACCUUUUCCAGAAAUGCAAGUUGCCAGACGUGGCAUCGGUCGAACAGUCUUUGGCAACAGGCCUGGAUGAAGACUACCGUAAACCGAAGAAUAUGGCGGAUCAACUUGUUCGAAUCCUUGACGAAGAAGACGUUAGCCCUCCCGAUAGGCUCCGCCUCAUUGCACUGUAUCUCUUGUACAAGAACGGGCUUCUCCCCUCGGACCUUAAUCUUUUACUAGCACAUGCGUCGCUGCCUCCCCAGGACACCCAGGUCUUGAGGAACCUUGACCUUCUCGGCGCCCGUGUGGAGAAGCCGCUUAAAGACAAAGAGCCGGCGCCACCGCCACUUUUCCCUGCCAAGCAACCUCCUCCCGGCGCAGAAGAGGAGUACGCACUGUCCCGUUUCGAGCCAAACCUCAAGAGGCUACUCGAAGACCACGUGCGUGGUGCCCUUGACCAGAAUGUCUUCCCCUACACCAAGCCUCAUGUGGAUGCGGCGGCCGACCAGGCUGCACAGCAAGAAGCUGCUGCCGCCGCUUCCUCACUUCGGUCCGCUAAACCCACGUGGGCGAAGUCGCGCAUGGCAUCUGUGGAACCGCGCCAGCGGAUUAUUGUCUUCAUGGCCGGCGGUGCGACCUACUCCGAAUCUCGCUCUUGCUAUGAGCUUAGCCAAGCAACAUCACGCGAUAUAUUCCUCGCCACCUCGCACAUGCUGACGCCGGGGCUCUUCCUGCGCCAAGUUGGUGACUUGACUAUGGAUAAGCGCCGUCUCGGCAUUCCUAUGGAGCAACCGCCGCCGAAAGCACCGGCUCAUCUGUUCGAGAGGGAGCCUGAGCCGAAGCCGCCUGCACCACCGCCACACGAACAGUUGCACAAGCUGCGCCAAAUGGCCCCACCCCAGCCCCCAACCCAACAGAUGGCCAACAUGCAUAUGGGUCCAGGUGGUUCGAGGCCGCCGAAUGGCGCGCCUUCGCCUGCUCGAAGCCCGGCGCCGGGCGGAAGACCUGAGAAGGAGAAGAAGAAGCAUCACUUCUUUUCAUCCUCCAAGAAGAAGGACAAGUAUUGA